AUUGGAGCGACGGAUCACUUGACGCCGCCAUUGAGUCCCAUGAUCGUGGCCCAUUCCGGUUUUUUCGUCCCGGAAGACACUUCUUGCGAACUACCCGAGCCUUCGGACCCCAGCUCACGACUCAGCGACGAUAUCGAGGCUGCUGAGAGCCACAUAUUCGAGUCUGACCUCCAGUUCUGGGAGGAUGCCGCUGAGGAAGACGGGUCGCCUGAAAGAUACGAUGACAUUGACGUACCUGACAUGAUUAGGGCGGGAGAAUUCCGACCACCGGUCCAAACAUCAUCUCCGCAGCCAGUUCCUCGGGAUCUGAGAGUCGACGUUCCCUUGCUGCCAUGCAAUGACAACAGCGAUAAUACACUGGCACGCACGAGAAUCCUUGCGCCUGAAGACCUGGCAGAGGCAAAGGAACUGGUGGCCAGUAGCGAUACGCUAUCCGGGUCAGACGGCCCUACCGGCCAGCUCGUCACCUUCUUUCUAGAAAAGGCAACAAGCGUGAUGAGGCGCGCAGAGCAGGAGAAGCUCCAAUCCCUUGACGCAACAUCCAGGGUGCCCGUUCCGGUGCUUGACUUCUCCGUCCCUGCCCCUGAAUGGGACCAACGGCUUUGGGAGCCCAGGGCAAUGUUCCGUUGGAUCCAGAGGGACAUCGACGUCGACUGGAAGGGCCCCAAGUGGCCACACAACCGGGUGGCUGAGCAGAGGAUGGUCUGGGCGCCACUGGCCCACAUGAAGGAGAAGACGUUGGUUUCGGAGCGAAUUGCGGUCGAUGAUGAGACCCUCAGAGUCUUUCUGCAAAGAAGCCGUGAUGAAGAAGUUCUCACCAGCUCGGAUUAUGUCUACAAGCACCCGGGCUUGGCAAUUCUUCGAAUGGAGGACGAUGAGGAGGAGGAGGACGACGACCUCGCACCGCUCAACCUCUCAACACAUACACCGACUGACGUUGCUCAACCUAACAGCUUAGGAAGAACCCCUUCCUUAACUGAGCCUGACCUUGCCUUGCAAGGCAGUUCUCCCGUCAUCGCCACCCCGCCAACACAACUUCUGCCGGAUUUGCCGUCUCUCCUCAGCGGUAGAAAGACCCUCAUCGACAAGGCGCUUGAGACGAGAUGGCCGAGCCGAAAGCGAGAGCGGGGGACGGCAUCAACCCCCGAGGUCUCAGCAACGGAAAUCAUCGACUCAGCGCUGAUCCCUUCGACCAAUGUUUUGCGAGGCUUCAUGAGCGAAUACACGGAUUUCGCGCCGCUGGUGGACAACUUUGUCGAGAUGAACUUCCCCAAGAAGCAGAAGCUUACCCACAGCCCCUUCUUCGGCCGAGCCGGCACAACACCAGCCACAGCGCAGCAGAGGGCCGACGAGGCAGCGAAACUGAUGCCUCCGCCUCCCAAGCCUAUUCCUGCUCUAGCCCCGGACGUCAUCCCGCCUCGCAUUCCUCCCCGCAUCGUUGUGUUCUCCACCGUCUCAAAGCCCCUAACCCAAGCCCUCGAGAAGCUCCUCCCCGACCUCGAACUCAUCCCCCGCGCACACGAUAGGCACCGACCUCCCGGCUGGCGCCCAGGGAUGCGCUCCCCAAACCUGGACGAGGCAGACAUCGUUGUCUCGCCAGCGACCGGCAUCCUCCUCACGACCAUGGUCCAGCUCCGGCAGAGGCCCGUGCCGGGGUGCCAGCCCGGGAACAUCGCAGCAGCGCCAACAACAACUCCAAUGACAACGAUGAGCAGCUUCUGCCAGGUGGUGGCAAACGUUUCGGCCCGGCACGAGCGGCUCGUGGUGCUGGUCUCGGAGGGCAACAAGCACAGCGAGACGGCCAGCCCGCUGUCGCAGUCGGACGCCCGCGCGCUGGCCGAGUUUCAGGGGUUUGCGGCCGGGCUGCGGACCGCGGACGUGCAGGUGGUGUACGUGGCGGGCGGGGUCGAGACGCUGGCGAAGUGGGUGGCGGCUACCAUCUGCAGGCAUGCGGGGGAGGCGGAGGCUGUUCGGGAUCUGCUGCUGCCGGUGGAGACGCUCUGGGAGGUGUUUCUGCGCCGCGCGGGGAUGGAUGUCUUCGCUGCGCAGGUCGUGCUGGGGAGGUUGAAGAUGCCGGAAGAUCGGCCGGCGGUAGGCGGAGGGGACGGGCAGGUGUUUGGGCUGCCGCUGUUUGUGAUGAUGUCCAAGGAGAGGAGGAUCGAGUUGUUCGAGGGGGUGUUCGGGGGUAGGAGGAUGCUGGAACGCGUGAGCGAGGUAAUCGAUGAGCCUUGGGGGCAGUGGGCGGUUGACGAGCUCGACUUCGCUCUCGGGACGCAGCCCAGCUUGGAGAAGUUUUACGAUGCGCUUUGA